GUCAGUUAGUAGGCUGGGAGGCACUAGAGGUUGAAUCCUGGGAUGAAAAUCUAGUUAACUAGUUAGUUCGGUCGUGUUGGUUGGUUUGCUAUAGGGGGAAAUAUUCUUCUUAUUUCAGUUCUUUCUUUCUUUCUUUACAUAUUACAUACUGUUGCUGCUACAUUUUGCAUAUCGUUACAAUUAUGCCUAUUCCAUAGGGAUAUCUCCACCAUACACAGAAACCCAUCGCCAACACUACAAUACCUACAACACUACAAAACCAACCAAAAUGCACCCCCUCACCCCCCUCCUCCCCCUAACCCUCGCCUCAACCGCAUCCGCAUGGGCCCUCAUCUGGCGCAACGCCUCCGGCUUCCCUCGCACAGAACACACCAACGAAAUCCAACCAUGCAAGCAAAUCGACCACGCCGAAGGCGAGCAAUUCGACUGGGACGCGCAGGGCGGCGACUGGUGCAUCUACUUCUACAUGCAAGACAACUGCACCCAGGGCAAGGGCCACGAGUGCAAUAACCGCGACUGGGUCACCACCGCGAAGGCGGAUCUGAAGUCGUUUAAGAUCGAGGAAGGGUUCUCGUCCAAGGCGACGGUGCCGACGGCUACUGCGACGGAGACGGUUACGGUUGAUCGGGAUGUGGAGGUGCCGGUGAGUGCGCCGCCGAGUGCGGGGGCGAUUGCGGGCGCGAUUGUCGGGGCGAUUGUUGGUGCGGUGGCUUUUAUUUUGCUGGGCUGGUUUUUGGGGAGGAGGGGCGGUGCGGGUGCUGCUGGGGUGGAGGGGGAUUCGGCUGCUGCUGCUGGCGCUGGGGGAGGAGAUGCUGCUGCUGCUGCGGCGGCGGCGGCGGUGGCGGCGGCGGCAGAAGAAGAGGAGAAGAAGAAUUUUGUGGCCCCAGAGCGUCCACCUACUCGACCACAACACGUCGACAGCUUCUCGAAUACGUCGCAGAUGACGCCGCCGCUUCAUCCGCCUGUCCCUGUGGCGUAUCCGCCUGCUGAGUUGCUUGCUACUACUGGGGGCGUGGAGAUGAGUGAUUCGCAUCGGGUGCUGGAGAUGGGGCAGGGGGGGAGGAAUGAAUAG